GUCGGAAAUUGCAAAAUUGUUUUCCUUGGGACCAUGUCGCAGACAGAGCGAGGGAAGAACGUAUUUUUGCAAAUAGAGUUUGUCUCACUUUUGUAAAAAUCGCACGACGAUAAUCGCAUGUGAACAACAUUUCAAAACGAGGGUGCGGUGCGUCGCAUCAAACAUGAACCAGUACCCCUUUUUGUCAUCCGAUGGCUAUCGGGGGUUCCCUCCCAAACAGCCAAUAAACCCGCACGUUUCACCGGCCAGCACGUUGCCGGCUGCUCCGCCUGCAUCCACCGCUGCUCUGUUAACCACCGCUCCGCUGCCGAGCGAUUUACCGGAGUCUCCGGCGUUCAUCUAUACCCCUUCCAAACAUCAUCAAAACCUACAGAUAAUGCAGCAAGAUAGAUCAUCAGAUGAAGACGAAAAAAUGCAAGACAACGGCGACAACACUUCGGAAGAAGAGAACAAUUCCAGCUCCAGCAACAGCUCUGCAGAGGAGCAUGAUUCAAAUAAUGAGAGCCACUCAGAAGCAGAAGCUGCUUCGGGGUCAGCCUCCAACUCCAAUAAACAAUCGGCUAGUGAUUCGGACUCUAGCAGCCAAUCCGAGAAUGCCAGCUCAGACUCUGAUGAAAAGUCAGAAGAAAACUCAGAUGUUGACGUCGAUGUUGAUGAUGAUGAUGAAGAUAAGAACGAUAAUGAUGAUGACGACGACGAUGACGAUGAAGAUAAAGACGAAGAAGAAGAGAGUGAAAAUGAACUUGAAGAUGAAGACGAUCAAUCAGAUGAUGAUGAAGAUGACGAUAGUGACUCAAAGAAACGGAAGUCAAGGGCUUCUAAGAGAGCUAAGCUUAGCCCAUCCAAAAGAAGAGACAGCGUGAAAGAUCUCAAAGAGGCGAAAGAUGAUAGACAGUUCUGGGAAGAAGAUCCUGAAAUGUAUGGAGUCAGAAGAUCUGGAAGGUCACGUAAAGAAGUGGAUCGAUUUCAAGUCACUAAAGUUGAGGAAGAGGAUGAGGACAGACCGCCAAGACGAAGAAGAACAAGCAGUUCAGGAGGAGGAGGUGGACCAACAGGAUCAUCGGGAGGAGGCAAGUCAAAGAGGAAAGGCUCAGUCUUUUCAUUGAUGAGCAGAAAGAAGGCGUGGUCUAGCAGUAAGUUGAGCGACUCAUCGGAUGAGGAGAGCAGUGAGUCUGACUUUGAGCCUUCAGCUAGGCGUAGGGGACAGAGAACCAAGGCUAAGCCAAAGCCGAGGGCUUGCACUAGGCCACAAGCAAGAAUCAAAGGAACACCAAAACGAAAACCAUUGGUUGCGAGCAGAAAGCGGAAACGGAAAGGUUCAUCAAGCUAUGAUGAUACAGAUAGUGAUGGAAAGUCCAAGAGACAAAGCAGCCAAAGAACAGCCAAAUCAAACAUCAGCUACAAGGAAGAUGAUAGUAAUGCAGAAACGGAUUCUGAUGAGAUCAUUGAAGCGACUGCUGGUGUAGAUGAGAACGACAAUAGUGAGAUCAUCGAGAGAGUCUUGAAACAUCAUAUCGGAAGAAAAGGAAAAACUGGAGGUAUGACAACAACCUACGCAGUAGAAGCAGAUGGGGAUCCCAAUGAGGACGUUGAACCCGGUGAGGAGGAUGCAGAGACACACUACCUGAUUAAGUGGAAGAACUGGGCUCAUAUCCAUAACACAUGGGAGUCUGAAGGUAGUCUAAAGGAGCAGAAAGUCAGAGGGAUGAAGAAACUGGAGAACUACAUCCAGCGAGAGACGGAGAUACAAGAAUGGAAGAAAGUUGUAUCCCCCGAAGAUAUAGAGUACUUUGAAUGUCAAUAUGAGAUGACCAUGCAGCUGUUUGAACAAUGCCAACGGGUGGAAAGAGUCAUAGCGCAGGGAACUGGCAACCAGUCUACUGAGCAUCACUCUAGCCAGCCAGACUACCUUUGUAAGUGGCACGGCCUCCCUUACUCUGAUUGUACGUGGGAAGAUGGUGACCUGAUCUCCAGAAACUUCCAAGUCUGCAUCGAUGAGUUCCUGAGACGAAAUAAAUCCCAGAGAAUCCCCUCUAGGAGUGCUAAGGUUUUGAGACAGCGGCCAAGAUUUGUAGCUUUGAAGAAACAACCAUCUUAUGUUGGAUCUGAUGAGUUGGAGCUAAGGGAUUACCAACUGGAUGGUUUGAACUGGCUCGCUCACUCCUGGUGCAAGAAAAACAGUGUGAUCCUUGCCGAUGAGAUGGGAUUGGGUAAAACCAUACAAGUCAUUGCGUUCCUCUCGUACCUGUACAACGCUCACCAGCUGUAUGGUCCCUUCCUGAUCGUUGUUCCACUGUCCACUAUGACGUCAUGGCAGAGAGAGUUUGGGAUCUGGGAUCCAGACAUGAAUGUAGUGGUGUACAUUGGAGAUCUCAAUAGUAGAAAUAUGAUUCGUGAGAAUGAAUGGUGUCACAAUGGUAACAGAAACAGGUUAAAGUUCAACACUAUUCUGACGACAUAUGAGAUUCUUCUCAAAGACAAGUCUUUCCUUGGCAGCGUGCCGUGGGCGGUUUUGGUCGUUGAUGAAGCCCACCGACUUAAAAAUGACGACUCCCUCCUUUAUAAAACACUCAAGAACUUUGACACCAACCACCGAUUACUCAUCACUGGAACACCCCUGCAGAACUCCCUCAAAGAGCUUUGGUCCCUCCUUCAUUUCAUCAUGCCUGACACAUUUCCAGAUUGGGAGACGUUUGAGGCAGAGUUCUCCUGCGCAGACAAGAACGGCUAUGCCAAUCUUCAUCAAGAACUGGAGCCAUUCCUGCUGAGGAGGGUCAAGAAAGACGUAGAGAAAUCACUUCCAGCUAAGGUUGAACAGAUACUGAGAGUGGAAAUGAGCACCACACAGAAACAGUACUACAAGUGGAUACUGACAAAAAAUUUCCGUGCCCUGACUAAGGGCGUGAAAGGCAGCACGGGCAGCUUCAUCAACAUCGUGAUGGAGCUUAAGAAAUGCUGUAAUCAUCCUCAUCUCGUCAAAAUACCACCGGAAAACGAAGAUAUAGACCAUCAGCAAGAGGUUAAGAUGAGUGGCAAGGUGGUGUUACUGGACAAGCUCUUAGUACGACUUCAUGAGAGGGGUCAUCGUGUGCUCAUCUUCUCACAGAUGGUUCGGAUGCUUGACAUCUUGGCUGACUACUUACGCUAUAAGCACUUCCAAUUUCAGCGGCUUGACGGCUCAAUCCAAGGGGAGCUUAGGAAGCAAGCCCUUGACCACUUCAAUGCUGAUGGAUCUCAGGAUUUCUGUUUUUUGUUAUCUACAAGAGCUGGAGGUCUUGGGUUGAAUCUUGCCACUGCAGACACCGUCAUCAUCUUUGAUUCAGACUGGAAUCCACAGAAUGACAUACAGGCUAUGGCUAGAGCGCAUAGAAUCGGACAGAGGAACCAGGUGAACAUUUAUCGUCUGGUAACAAAAGGCAGCGUGGAAGAAGACAUUGUAGAGAGAGCUAAAAGGAAGAUGGUCUUAGAUCACUUGGUCAUCCAAAGAAUGGACACAACUGGACGUACAGUGCUGUCCAAGUCAUCCACUCCAGCCAGUCAUACACCAUUCAACAAGGAGGAGUUGGCGGCCAUUUUAAAGUUUGGGGUUGAAGAUUUAUUCAAGGAGGCUGAUGGGGAGGAGGUUGAACAGCAGGAGAUGGAUAUUGAUGCGAUCUUAGAGAGGGCAGAGACGAGAGAAGCUGAGGAUAAUGGAGGAGCAGGGGAAGAGCUCCUCUCACAAUUCAAAGUUGCCAAUUUCUCCACGAUGGAUGAAGAGACGGUGGUAGAGGAUACUGGCAAGGAUUGGGAAGACAUCAUUCCUGCAGUCAAUCGCCUCAAAGUAGAGGAAGAUGAGAAACAGAAAGAGCAACUCCAGCUCUAUUUACCUCCAAGAGUCCGUAAACAAGUCAACAGGAUGACAUACCAAGGCAGUGACUCUGAAGCCUCAGUCGCUCUCAAGAAGCGCACCAAGAGGUCGCGGUCGUCGAGCUCUAGCAGUGAAACGGACGACAGUGACGCAGACAAGAAAGCCAAGAGGCCGCGUGGUAGACCAAGGACCUCACGUCGAGAUGGUGUACAUGGAUUCACCGAUGCUGAAAUAAGACGAUUCAUUAAGAGUUACAAGAAAUUUGGUGAACCUCUCACAAGAUUAGAAGCAAUAGCCGGCGAUGCAGAACUGCAAGAGAAGUCUCAAGCAGACUUAAUGAAGCUUGGGACAAUGAUCCAUGAAGGAUGUUCAAGAGCAGUCCAUGAAUAUGAAGAGAGACUACGUGAAGAGGCUGACUUUGAUGGCAAGAAGAGAGGAGCAACAUUGAAGAUAUCUGGUGUGACCAUUAAUGCUCCGUCAUUGCUCAAACAUGAAGAUGAAUUCAAAGCAUUAGUACAAAGUAUUCCCGCUGAUCCUGUGGAGAGAAAGAAGUAUCAGCUAGAGUGUCGUGCUAAGGUAGCACAUUGGGACGUUGAGUGGGGUGUAGAUGAUGACUCGAAUCUACUGAAGGGUAUCUAUGAGUAUGGUAUGGGCAGCUGGGAAGCAAUCAAGAUGGAUCCAGAACUCAAUCUUCAUGAUAAGAUUCUGUGGACAGAUCCACAGAAGAAGCCCCAAGGCAAGCAGCUUCAGACGAGAUGUGAGUACCUCAUCAAACUACUGAAGAAGCAGAGAGACAAGGAGGAAUUGAUAGCCGAGCAACCAAAGAAAUCCAGGAAAAUCAAAGAAACGUCAUCCACCACACCAGCAACCGUCAAACGAGAACCAAAGACCAAAGCCAAUAACCGUAAGAAAGCCGACAAUAAUGAGGAGGCCCACCCUGAGCCGACCAAGAAGACGAAAGGCAGGAAGGGAGGACGUAAGAAAGCAAAAGAUGAUGCAAAGGAAGAGAAGGAGAAUAAGGAGCAAGGAGAGACAAAGAGGAAGAAAAAGAAGGUGAAGACGGAGGAGCCGGAAGAAGAAGGAGAGAUCGUUGAUGAUGAGCCAGAACCAAAAAAAGACAAGAAGGGUAAGGAGAAGCCUGAACCCAAAGGAGCCAAGAAGGGUCACAAGGAGUUACCCCCUAUGCAUAUCACAGCCCAGAGAAAUCCAGUUUUUAUCGACCCAACAGGCGAGCUGGAUGAGGCUACAUUUAGUGCCUGUAAGGAGAAAAUGAGACCAGUGAAAAAGGCCUUGAAGCUUCUUGACAACCCGCCGGAAGAAGUCUCCGAGAAGGAACAAGUCAAUCAUACCAGACAGUGUCUCUUAAAGAUCGGUGAUCACAUCACUGACUGCAUCUUAAAUCUCAAGGAUGCGGACAAGAUCCACGAGUGGAAAGGCUACCUGUGGACGUUUGUUGCAAAGUUCACCGAGUACGACGCCAAGAAAUUAUAUAAAUUGUAUAGACAUGCACAGAGGAAACGAGACGACGAAAGGGAAGAGAUGAAACAUUCAACCGGUGGGAAUCAACAAGGUCACAAGCAGAGAGCUCCAGACUGGGCUGGGGGAUCUAAACCAAGAGAAGGGUACUUCCCAGGCCAGGGACAGACCCAAAGCUAUAGCCACCAGCAGGGAAUCAAACGACCCCUCUCUGGUGGGGAGGGGGCAUCGGAGCGAUCCAGGGGCGACAGGGAAAGUGGUCACCCACUCCCUACCAACCCUCGCAUGCACCAACGUCCCCCUGGCUCGGCAGAUCGAUACAGUGGUGAUCAUCGGCAGGAUGGCCGUGGACCUACCAGGGGUCCGUUUAGGGACAGGUAUGGUUCCGGUGACGCCACAUCGUCGUAUAGUCGUUCUCACCAAUAUGAUAAUCACCGCUUUGGUAAUAGUUACUCGGGGAGGGAUAGAGAAGAAAAUAUCUCAAGGUAUAACAAUGAAAGCAAACGGGAACGAGACCCUCCAUCAGGGAGAUCGUAUCAUGGGAACCGAGGGGAGGAGCACAACAGACGACGCAACAGCGACAAAACAGACAACUCAAGCCACAGCCAGCAUCAGUCCGGGAGCAGGGAUGACCGCUUCCAUCAUUCUCACAGUGACAGUAAACGACGAAAGGACGGGUCUCGGGAGAGGGACAGAGGGGAGCAUCACCGGCCGUCGGAUUGGUCCGAUCAUCGACCGGAGAGACACAGGGAGCACCGGCAAGAUUCAUGGUCCAGUGGUGACCAUAGCAGGUAGCUGUGGCUUUUGGGUUGCUGGUUUUCAAAGUCUCAUGUUGUGUCCAGCUAGGGUCAAGACCAGACCCCACGUUAAAGCCUAUCUUGUA